CCCAAAAGGAACAAAAAAAUCCCCCUAGCGGCAGCUCCAGCAGCUCGCCGAAGCAGCAGUAGCAGUAGCACUCGCAGCAGAAGAAGAGGCUGAGCUUGGUUGAGGGGGUUGGGCUGCUUGCUGGUAGGAAACCUGCCGCCAGACAUCCACUUUGUCCCCGGCGGUGCAGCGUUGCUUUCCCGCAGCCUCAGCAGCAGCGACACCGCAGAGCAGCCUCCAGCCUCACCUGCUCCUCAUCUGCGCUUUCCUCCGCCUCUGUCCAGACACAAACACUGCAGCACACAGAGCCGGACGGACAAGGACGAGCGGCUGAGCAGUCUUCAGGGAAAUAAGGGAAUAUAUUAAAGGUCGGUGAAAGAUGGUGAAACUGGGGAGUAAUCUUCAGGACAAAGGGGCCAAACCUGUAAGCGUGGAGGACGGCUUUCAGAAUGUGCCCCUCAUCACUCCUCUGGAUGUUGGCAGCCUGCAGAGCCAAGCACCUGACAAGGUGGUGGUAAAAACUCGCACGGAGUACCAGACAGAGAAGAAGAGGCUGAAGGUGCCAAAGGUGGAGGAGUUCACCAUCAGCUUCACUGAUGGCGUGUCUGAGAGACUGAAGGUGACCAUCCUGAUCAUCCUGGCCCUGGCCUUUCUCGCCUGCAUCGUGUUCCUGGUGGUUUAUAAAGCCUUCACCUACGACCAUGCCUGCCCAGAUGGAUUCAUUUAUAAGCACAAGCGGUGUAUCCCAGCUUCUCUGGAGGCCUACUACGCCGCCCAGGACGCCAACUCGAGGGGCCGUUUCUACACAGUGAUCAGCCACUACAGCAUGGCCAAGCAGACCACCUCACACUCUGUCUCCCCCUGGCUGCCUGGAGGGGCGGGAGGGCAGCAGCAUGACGCCAAACCCCCGAGCGGAGAGGGUCACUGAGUUUGCCGAAUGGUUAAAGGGUGUUGUACACAAACAUGUGCACUCAAAGAACACAGACAGAUAUCAACACUAACACAGACAUGUAGGUGAUAAUCCUGAAAAAUAGACAAGAGACACAUAAUCAGAUACAUGUAAAAAGCAGAUUUAGAGUGAAAACAUGCAUGCAGACAUAAAACAACACAAAGCACAUGCUAGAUCAUACUCUGAUUUAGAUUGAAUGCCCAUUAUUGUGCUCAUCUACAAUCAAGGGGCAUUUCUUGUUGAACCUCUGCUCUCUUGUGAUUAUCAUUGUCUGCUGAUACACUUACUGACACUCAGUCUACUCUCUUGUAACCAUAUCUACGCCAUUCCUUUUAUUUAUUAUUUAUUGACUGCCAUAUUUAUUUUUUCAACUGUAAUUUAUUGAUGAUUUUUAUUUGAUGCAUUUUGUUCAUCUGUACAAAGACACCAGUCAGUGCUGACAUUUAAGCUUUGUCAUUGUGAGAUUCUCUGGAGUUUGGACUCUUUAUUUUUCAUGUUUGUAUACUGUAGCUACUGUAAUUCCAUUCACAGCCCUUUUGCUAUCAUACUUACCCUCAGGCACCUCUGACAAAUACGAAACACACAUCCAGCCACACAUAUUCCAGCAGUAACAAAGAAAUAUUAUCUGGUAUUGCAGUAACACAUUUUUAAACAAAAUAUCACACCUUUAGGGAGCUUUCACACCCUGAGGUAAUUUUUUUUCCAUCAUGGCUGUUUGAUAGCUCUCAUUAAAUGACAUUUGAACGUGCUGUGCUAUCCAUUUUAAACCCCCUCCCCAGUGACCCCAGCUGUAAAUACAACUGUGCAUUCAAGCUAGUUUUUUGUGUGUAUGCAUUGUAGUAGCUUUUAUUAGGAGUUAUUCUGUUUUUAUUUUAGAAAACUUUCAAUUUACUUACAUUCUAUUCACCUGCCAGUCCUGUAGCUCCAUUAAAAACAACACUGCAGAUGGGAAAGGAGAAUACCCGUGCAUAAGCCCGUGUCUUGCCAAAACGAUUUGUUUUCCGCUGUGUUUUAAUAUGUUUAUCGAUGGGCUUCAACUGCAGCCAAUUUUUCUCCCCUCUACUGUUACUUUUCAAUUUCGCAGUGUUGGAUCUGUUGUCAAGAGUGCUUUUAUGGGAUGUUGUGAUGCUGUUAGUUGAUAUGUAGCGAUACUUGAUGUAAUUUAUCAGUGUGCAUCCUUGUUCCACUCUUCUCUUGGUUUGAAUUCAAAAUAAAACAAGCUGUG